UUUUUCCAAUGGUCUCUUCUUUUGUCUGACUGGGCCCAGUGCCAGUUUCUCUUAAUACUGGUUCUUUUCCAAAUUGAUCGAAAUCCAGGGCUAUCGCGCUACAAGAAACAUGGAGCUCUUUUGCAACUUUUCUUUCUCAACAGGAGAGGUACGUAAUGUGACCAUUUCCGGCCCCUCUAAUGCCAAAGAAAACGAUAGUGUCACUUUGAACUGCAGUGCUGCUGGCACCAAUGUUUCAUAUUACUGGCUGAAGGGAAGCCAGCUGAUUGAAGGAGGAGGUCAUAUCUCUUUAGACAACAACAACCAGAGGCUCAUUCUCAACCCAGUCACCAGGAAUGAUGAGGCCAACUACACCUGCUUUGGGAACAACAGCUUCUCUGAAAGUUCCAGUGAGCCACAUUGGCUGCAAAUCUUCUACGGGCCCGACAUCCCCACAAUCGACCCUCAAGAGCCAGUUUAUAGAGACCAAUCCACCCUUAACCUCUCGUGUUUUGCCAACUCCAACCCACCUGCCAAUUAUUCUUGGUAUCAUAAUGAGAAACUUCUGGAAGCUCAGAACGGGUCCCAACUCCUGAUCUCGCAUCUUUCUCUAAAUGAUGCCGGCACAUAUACUUGUAAUGCCACCAAUGAUGCCACCGGCCGUUUCAGCCACACCAGCCUGGAGAUCAGCGUCCUGGGAGAGGUACGUAAUGUGACCAUUUCCGGCCCUUCUAAUGCCAAAGAAAACGAUAGUGUCACUUUGAACUGCAAUGCUGCUGGCACCAAUGUUUCCUAUUACUGGCUGAAGGGAAGCCAGCUGAUUGAAGGAGGAGGUCAUAUCUCUUUAGACAACAACAACCAGAGGCUCAUUCUCAACCCAGUCACCAGGAAUGAUGAGGCCAACUACACCUGCUUUGGGAACAACAGCUUCUCUGAAAGUUCCAGUGAGCCACAUUGGCUGCAAAUCUUCUACGGGCCCGACAUCCCCACAAUCAACCCUCAGGAGCCAGUUUACAUAGAGGACUUCCCCCUUAACCUCUCGUGUUUUGCCAACUCCAACCCACCUGCCCAUUAUUCUUGGUAUCAUAAUGAGAAACUUCUGGAAGCUCAGAACGGGUCCCAACUCCUGAUCUCGCAUCUUUCUCUAAAUGAUGCUGGCAAUUAUACUUGUAAUGCCACCAAUGAUGCCACCGGCCGUUUCAGCCACACCAGCCUGGAGAUCAGCGUCCUGGGUGAGUAGCUUGAAGGCCAGGCUGCAUCCUAGGCUAACUUGCGCCUUCCUGUGGCUGAUAAGACUGUCCUUGCAGUCACUGUUCAUCUGUACAAUGGGGACUUGAUUGUGCGAACUCUGUCUUGUGGCCAUUUUGGCUUCCAGGAUGCAUUCCUCGUAUUCUGUCACCUCACUGUCUCUUUAUAGUAUCCAUGAUGAUCACUCAAGUUCAGUUCCUGAAGUACCAUGAAGUUUCUCUUCUUCAGGUCAAAUCCAGUUCCUGGUCUUGGAGUCUCUCUGUCUUUUACCAUAUUUCUGGACUCACACUACUUUUUCCCUGUCAAUGAAAACUCCCAGAUAACAAACAAAAGAUGUGCCUCUCUCAUCUGCCUCUAUCCAUUGUUGCCUCAGUCCUCACUUUUCCUUGUGGUGUGUUGCACAUUCCAAGUCACAAACUCUCAGUCAAUGGACCAUUUCUGUUCCUUGUAUGCAGUCAACCUUAUCAGGGUUCCAAAGUUUUGCUAGAUGUCUUCCCACUUCCUCUGGUAUCAACUGGAAGGUUUCACUUGUCACUAAGUCUUUAUAUUUCCUUUAUAAUAACAAAGC